AUGACCAAGGCCAAUGUUACACUGGAAGGUCAAAGCAAAAUACCUUGGCGUGAAUAUCUCAAACGAUCUCUCGUGGAAGAAUGUAGUCAGCUUUGCUGUACGGUUCCGAGACAUGGAAGCACUCCAAGAGAGUUGAACACAAGCUCCAAGUCUUCAUCAACAACAGUUACUGCCUUAAUUCGCAGAAUCCUGAAAAUAAGGUGCCCUAAGAGGAUUUCAAAAGAAGAGCUCUGGACGAGGACCAAGCAGAAGUCAGUGAUACUCACCAUCGAAGAGAGAAAGUGGCGAUGGCUGGAUCACAUUCUGCGAAGAGAACAGACAACCAUCACCCAUCAAGCUCUUGUCUGGAACCCACAGGGAAAACGAAAACGAGGUCGGCCAGCACAGACCUGGAGAAGAACCCUGGACGCUGAGCUCAGACAGUCAGGCUUUCAUGGGGCGAGGCAAAGAAGAAGGCAGAAGACAGAGACGACUGGAGGACAGUGGUGA